AUGUUUGCUGUCUUAGUGUCUGAUAGUCAGGCUCUUGCUGCUGAACCAGUGACCAGAGAGGACUUCUUAAAGUAUUCUUGCCACUUCACUCUGGAUCCAAACACAGCACACACAUACCUCCAUCUGUCUGAGGGGAACAGGAAGGUGGAGCUGAGACGUGAGGCCCAGUCAUAUCCUGAUCAUCCAGACAGAUUUCAUGGGUGGUGGCCUCAGGUGAUGUGUAGAGAGGGUGUGUCUACACGCUGCUACUGGGAGGUUGAGUGGAGUAGAGUUGUUGAAAUAGCAGUGUCAUAUAAAAGCAUCAGCAGGAAAGGAGGGAUGGAGUGUUGGUUUGGAGCUGAUGGUCAGUCCUGGAGUCUGCACCUCGACAGCUCCAGCUCCACUUUCUACCACAAUAAGGAAGAGACUGAACUCCCUAUAGUGGCCAGCUCCAGAAUAGGAGUGUAUGUGGAUCACAGGGCAGGAACUCUGGCCUUCUACAGCAUCUCUGGAGACACAAUGACCCUCCUGCACAGAGUCCACACCACAUUCACACACCAUCUCUACCCAGGAUUUUAUGUAUAUAGUGGAUCAUCAGUGAAGCUGUUGUGAGGCCCCUACAGUAAAUUCUGCUCCUGUGGGACCUCUGCA